AAUAUCACCUAUAUCCUGCGUUUUGCCAUUUGCUCCUUAGCUCCUGUCCGUCAUCCCUCGCAUGAAAGAUACCCAUGUAUUGUGUUGCAAACACUCACGAGAUUGAGUGGAGGCCAUGCGCAUUCGAUCGAAGCUCUCAACCUGUUUUCAGCAGCCUGAGCAGAAUUAUGAGCUCGGUAGGAAGGAAAUUCUACAAAAGCCCGAGGAAAUUCAUCGUAACUAUCCUGCAUCAACUCACAAAGCUGACUUCCAGCCUCUAAUAACUCCCAAAAACAAGUCAUGAAGCUCCUUCAAGUUAUAUCGAUCACAGCUUCGCUGACAUUUGGACUUACAUCAGGUCGUACGUUCACAGUUUUCAAUGGGUGUCCGUUCACGAUGUGGCCCGCGAUGUUUACUGGCGUCGGAACUGCACCUGAUUUCCCGACCGGAUGGGAAGCUGCGGAAUUCACUUCAGUGACCUUCACUGUCCCAGACAACUGGCAAGCAGGGCGUAUUUGGGGUCGUCGCGACUGCGACUUUACCACCAAUCCCGGACCAAAUUCAUGUCUAGACGGUGGAUGCAACGGAGGUUUAGUUUGUGAUCCUGUUACCGGCACCGGAGUACCUCCAGCCACACUUGCAGAAUUUACACUCUCCACCGAUGCCAGCAUCCCCGAUAACUAUGACGUUUCCUUGGUCGAUGGGUAUAACCUACCCCUGAGCAUCACCAGCAAUGUGAACUGUCCUGUGGCGUCUUGUCCUGUGGAUCUCGGACCCGACUGUCCUGCGCCAUUGAUAGGACCCUUCGAUUCGACAGGAUUCCCUGUAGGAUGCAAGUCUGCAUGUGAUGCCAAUUUGGAUGGUGAUCCAGCGAACUCACCAAAUUGCUGCUCGGGUCAGUUUAACACGGCUGCCACUUGCCCUCCCUCUGGGGUUGAAUUUUAUAGCUACUUUAAGAGUAAUUGCCCCGACUCGUAUGCCUAUGCCUUUGAUGAAUCAAGUGGAACCGCUUUGUGGACGUGUCCUUCGACACUUGCAGCAGACUAUACUGUCACCUUCUGUCCUCCGCCCUCUUAGCUAUGUUACAAAGUAUUUUCCUGUGUAGAAUACCGGCAAUGUUCCUUCCACAUAUCGCAACGGACUGGUCAAUCAAUUAUUUGUUUCCGGCAAUAAACGAUGGCCGUUUUAGGU